AUGGCGCAAAUGGGAUUUCUGAUCUUCCUUCUGGUUGUUACCAUCCUUUUCCUGGAUCAGGUCACUGGGCAGGCUUCCCAUUCAAAAGCCAGGAAGCACAGCAAGCGGAGGGUGAAAGGUAAGCAGAAUGGCGAUCUAAAGAGUCAAAUCGACAAGCUUUGGCAAGAGGUCAACUCCUUGAAAGAAAUGCAAGCCCUCCAGACAGUCUGUCUUCGUGGAACCAAAGUCCAUAAGAAAUGCUACCUGGCGUCCAACAGUGCCAAACAUUUCCAUGAAGCCAAUGAAGACUGUAUAGCCAAAGGAGGGACUCUUGCUAUCCCCAGAGACGGUGAUGAAACCAAUGCACUACGAGACUACGGCAAAAAGAGCCUGGCAGGGGUGGCUGAUUUUUGGGUGGGUGUCACUGAUAUGGUCAAUGAGGGGAAGUUUGUCGAUGUCAACGGAAUGGUUCUGAACUACUUCAACUGGGACCGCUCACAACCCAAUGGGGGGAAACGUGAAAAUUGCGUCUCGCUUUCUCAGUCGGCUCAAGGAAAGUGGGUAGAUGAAGUCUGCCGCACACUCAAACGAUACAUUUGCGAAUUCCUCAUCCCUUAA